AUGUCGGAAAUAAGAACAACGACGGCUGCCUCCGCGGCGCCAAAAUCGAAGCCCGAGAGAUUACCCAUUACAGUCUCUAAACCUACUCCAUACACGUUUGAUCUCGGCCAUCUCCUUGCGAAUGACCCCAAUCCCCUCGAAAUAUCCCGCUCCGAACCUGUUAAUGUCUCUCUGAAGGCCACCGCCCGCGAUGGUGUGCAGUCUCUCCUUAACCAACUCCUCACUACUUGUCCCAUUACCUCCUCACAACAGGGUGUGCUCCUGACGCUUCCUGCGCCCACAACUGUUCUUCCCAGACACAAGCCUUUGCCGACACCCAAGCCUCCCACCAAGUGGGAGCUUUUCGCACGCAAGAAGGGCAUUGGCAGAUUCAGUGGCAAAGCUGGUGCUGGACUUGCGGACAAGGAGCGCCGGAAGAAGCUGGUCUAUGAUGAGGAGAAGGGUGAGUGGGUUCCUCGCUGGGGCUAUAAGGGAAAGAAUAAGUCGGAUGAGGAUUGGUUGGUCGAAGUAAACGAGAAGGAUUGGAAGAAGGAGGAGGAUGCUGCGGCUAAGGGCAGCUCGAUCCGUGGGAUGUCACGGGCUGAGCGUAAGGAGAGGAUACGACGAAACGAGAGGAAGAUGAGGAACAAUGAACGGAAAUCCAGGAAGUCGGGUGGUGGUUAA